GGCCGCGCGGCGGUAAAGGUCGCGGAGGCGCGCGUGUGCCUAACGGCCAGCGCGCGCCCACCGGUCAGCGCGCCGCGCCGCGGCUCGUCCAGUCCCGCGCUGCGCCAUGGCGGGAGGCCUGGAGUCGCUGGAGCUAUGCUUGGAGCAGCACAUCCCGCCCCAGGACCUCGCCGAGGUGAAGCGAAUCCUCUACGGGGGCGAGGCAAGAAAACUUAAUUUGCCAGCUGCUGCGCUAUCCGCAGCUCAAGAAAGAGAUUUCGAGCUACAGGGCUACAGAUUUGACGCUGCUCCUGAGCAAUUGAGAAGGCCACGUAUUGUUCGAGUAGGACUGAUACAAAAUAAAAUUCCACUUCCCACAGAUACAGCCGUGGCAGCACAGGUGGCUGCACUGCACAGACGAAUUGGGGAGAUUGUGGAAGUAGCUGCAAUAAGUGGAGUCAACAUAGUUUGUUUCCAGGAGGCUUGGACCAUGCCCUUUGCUUUCUGUACAAGAGAGAAGCUUCCUUGGACUGAAUUUGCUGAGUCAGCAGAGGAUGGGCCAACAACAAAAUUCUGUCAAGAGCUGGCAAAGAAAUACAAUAUGGUUGUGGUAUCUCCAAUCCUGGAGCGAGAUGAAAUACAUGGGGGAACCCUAUGGAAUGCUGCAGUGGUCAUUUCUAAUUCUGGAGCUGUCCUUGGCAAAAGUAGGAAAAAUCAUAUUCCAAGGAUUGGAGAUUUCAAUGAGUCUACUUACUAUAUGGAAGGAAAUACAGGACACCCAGUGUUUCAGACACAGUUUGGAACAAUUGCUGUGAAUAUCUGCUAUGGGCGCCACCACCCUCUGAAUUGGCUCAUGUUUAGUCUGAAUGGAGCAGAGAUCAUCUUUAACCCUUCAGCCACGAUUGGAACACUCAGUGAGUCACUGUGGCCAAUUGAAGCAAGAAAUGCUGCCAUAGCUAAUCACUGCUUUACAUGUGCCAUCAACCGGGUAGGAACGGAAUACUACAAAAAUGCCUUUACUUCCGGAGAUGGUGGAACAGCACACCAUGACUUGGGCCAUUUUUAUGGCUCGAGUUAUGUAGCUGCACCAGAUGGCAGUAGGACCCCUGGACUCUCGCGCACUCGGGAUGGGCUUCUGGUUGUAGAGAUGGAUCUAAAUCUUUGCAGGCAAGUCAGUGACAAAUGGAAUUUUAAGAUGACUGGUAGAUAUGAAAUGUACGCAGACAAACUCACUGAAGCAGUCCAGCCUUAUUUUAUACCCAAUAUAAUCAAAGAGUAAGAGAGAGCAUCUCAUUACAAUCAAAUGUUACACAGCAAAUUAAAAGGUACCGUUGGAUGAUAGCUUUACUGUGGAUCACAAGUUGUUAUUUUAAUGUCAUUUUAAUUUCCUGUAACCAGCAUUUAAAUAAUAGGAUUCAGAAUUGUGUUAAGUAAAAUAAUUGAAAAAUGC